GCCGUAGUCACACCGCAGGUUUUCCCAUCAUGGCUGCGUCCAUCACUCACCCUGCGCUGUCCUCCUUAUGCAAAAUAAACUGUAAUAUUAAUGGAAUAUAUAGUUUAAUUUCAUUAAGCAGGGGGAUUUCAAUCUCCUCUGUCCUCUCAACAAGCGCCGUGGCCACAGAAAGAGAAGCUGCAGGCAGAGGUGGUCGGGGUCAGUGGAGGUCAAAGAGACAGGCUGGAGAGCCCAGGACGGAGAGGAUGGCCGAGGAUCAGGACUGGACCGUGGUUUACCCCACUGCCGCCUCAUUCAAAGCGUCCGCCGUUCCCCUGCCGGUGCGGAUGGGAUAUCCCGUGAAGAGAGGCGUACCGCCUGCCAAGAAGGGCAACCUGGAACUGAUAAAGAUUCCAAACUUUUUACACUUAACCCCGGUUGCCAUUAAGAAGCACUGUGAGGCCCUGAAGCCGUUCUGUACGGAGUGGCCGUCUGCCCUGGACUCUGAUGAGAAAUGCAUGGAGCACUUCCCGAUCCGGGUGCAGAAUAAGGAGUUUGUGUCCGCUGGACUGUCGCUGCGAAACCCAGACGCACGGAUAGUGACACUGAAGGUGAAGCUCUCCAGCCUAAAUCUGGAUGAUCACGCCAGAAAGAAGAUGAUCAAACUCAGCGAUGAGCGUUACUGUGAAGACACCGACACGCUCACCAUCACCGCAGACAGUUGCCCGCUGAGAGCGCAGAAUUAUGAUUACGCCAUGUACCUCCUCACCGUGCUUUACCACGAGUCCUGGAAAACCGAGGCAUGGGAGCAGGAAAAGACACGUGCAGAUAUGGAGGAGUACGAUUGGGAAGACAGUCCAUCCCAAAAGAACGUUCUGGAAACUCUGGUGCGUAUGCGAGGGCUCGGAGCGAGGGAUGAGGUGGAGGAGGGAACGAGGGAGGAGCUGCUGGGACAGACCCCCGUACAGGAGUACAGAGACGCGAUAGUCGAGCUGAAGAACGAGGGAGAGACUGAGGAAAAACUACGGAAGUAUAAAGAGGCUGUGAAGAAGCUCCUUAAUAUCUGA